GCCGGUGCGUGGCGAAGGCCUGCCAGGUGAGGCGCGGUCACCCUGGGCCUCUCACUUCCGCCCAGGUGAGGCAGGGCCGACGCCGAGCCAGCCCGCCCGCGCCGGGCGCCCACCCGCGCCUCCGCCGCACCAGGUUUCUUUAGAAGUUAUUGAAGACAAUAAUUCAAAAUGCCUGAAAAUCCUGCUACAGAUAAACUGCAGGUCCUGCAAGUUCUUGAUCGCCUGAAAAUGAAAUUGCAAGAGAAAGGUGACACAUCACAGAAUGAGAAGCUGUCUAUGUUUUAUGAGACACUGAAGAGUCCGCUCUUCAACCAGAUACUCACACUUCAGCAGUCCAUCAAGCAACUAAAGGGGCAGCUCAGCCAUAUACCCUCAGGUUGUUCAGCCAACUUUGAUUUUUCCAAGAAAGGUUUAUUAGUGUUUACGGAUAGUGCCAUUACUAAUGGGAAUGCCCACAGGUCCUCUAAUAACUUGACUGUGUCUGGGUUAUUUCCUUGGAACUCUAAGUCAGGAAAUGAAAACUUCAACUCAGUCAUUCAACAGAUGGCUCAGGGCCGGCAAAUUGAGUAUAUAGAUAUAGAACGGCCUUCCUAUGGAGGCCUUGGAUUCAGUGUGGUGGCCAUCAGAAGUCAAAACCUGGGAGAAGUUGAUAUCUUUGUGAAGGAAGUACAGCCAGGGAGUAUAGCAGACAGGGAUAAAAGAUUAAAGGAAAAUGACCAAAUAUUGGCUAUUAAUGACACACCACUGGAUCAGUACAUUUCCCAUCAACAAGCAAUUGCAUUAUUGCAGCAGACCACUGGAUCUUUGCGUCUGGUUGUGGCCAGGGAACCAGUCCACACAAAAAGCUGUACUAAUACCAGCCUUGCUGAUACCACUGUGCCUGAAACAGUUCGUUGGGGCCAUAUUGAAGAUGUUGAGCUCAUUAAUGAUGGCACUGGGUUAGGUUUUGGAAUAGUUGGAGGAAAAUCAAGUGGCGUGGUUGUGAGGACUAUAGUUCCUGGAGGAUUAGCGGAUCGAGAUGGAAGACUCCACACAGGGGAUCAUAUCUUGCAGAUUGGUGGCACAAAUGUGCAGGGAAUGACCAGUGAGCAAGUUGCACAAGUGCUGAGGAACUGUGGGAAUUCAGUCAGGAUGCUCAUUGCAAGAGACCCAGUUGGUGAAAUUUCUGUAACUCCUCCCACCCCUAUAGCCUUCCCUGUUGCCCUGCCUGCUGUAGACAACAGGAGCUCUAGUUCUGACAAUUCUCUUUUUGAAACUUAUGAUGUUGAACUCAUUAAAAAAGAUGGACAGAGUCUUGGGAUUAGAAUUGUUGGCUAUGUUGGAACUGCUCAUACAGGGGAGGCUUCAGGGAUUUAUGUGAAAAGCAUAAUACCUGGCAGCGCCGCAUACCACAAUGGCCAAAUUCAAGUGAAUGACAAAAUAGUUGCUGUCGAUGGUGUGAAUAUUCAGGGUUUUGCCAACCAGGAUGUUGUUGAAGUAUUACGGAGUGCCGGGCAAGUGGUGCGCCUAACUCUAGUUCGAAGGAAGACAUCCUUAUCUGCUUCUCCACUUGAACAGCCUCCAGACAGAGGAACUGUAGAACCACUGAACACACCAGCCCUCUUCCUAACUGGAGCAGUGGAAACGGAAACUAAUUUGGAUGGCGAAGAUGAGGAAACUGAAGAAAGAAUGGAUAAUUUAAAAAAUGGCAACAUACAAGCGUUAGAAAAAUUGGAAGGAGUCCUGUACUCUCAAGAAAAUGAGCUGAAAUCCAGAUGGGAAAACCUACUGGGCCCUGACUAUGAAGUAAUGGUUGCUACUUUGGACACACAGAUUGCAGAUGAUGCUGAAUUACAGAAAUAUUCAAAGCUGCUGCCCAUUCACACUCUGAGGCUUGGCAUGGAAGUGGAUUCCUUUAAUGGGCACCAUUAUAUCUCUUCAAUUGCUCCAGGUGGUCCUGUUGAUACACUGAACCUCCUACAGCCAGAGGAUGAGAUUCUUGAGGUCAAUGGUGUGCAGCUCUAUGGGAAAUCUCGCCGGGAAGCAGUCUCCUUCCUUAAAGAAGUUCCACCCCCCUUCACCUUGGUUUGCUGUCGAAGGUUUUUUGAUGAUGAAGCCUCUGUAGAUGAACCAAGGACAGCUGAAGCCUCUCUUCCUGAGAUGGAGGCUGACCACAAUGUAGAUGUCAGUACUGAAGAGGAUGAUGACGGGGAAUUAGCAUUAUGGUCUCCUGAAGUCAAGAUGGUUGAACUAGUGAAAGAUCAGAAAGGCUUGGGAUUCAGCAUUUUGGAUUACCAGGACCCUUUAGAUCCCACAAGAUCAGUAAUUGUGAUCCGUUCCCUGGUGGCAGAUGGUGUAGCAGAAAGAAGUGGUGAACUGUUACCUGGAGACCGCCUGGUCUCAGUCAAUGAAUACUGUUUGGAAAAUACCACACUUGCUGAAGCUGUGGAAGUGUUGAAAACUGUGCCACCAGGCACUGUACACCUUGGCAUCUGUAAGCCAUUGGUGGAAGGUGAUAAAGAGGAAGAAAAUCAAAUUUUACAUUCAAACAAUAAUGAAGAGAAUACUGAACUUUCCGGAACAAUUCAUGAUAUAAAUUCAUCUUUAAUACUUGAAGCACCCAAGGGAUUUAGAGAUGAACCCUAUUUUAAAGAAGAACUUGUGGAUGAACCAUUUCUAGAUUUGGGAAAAUCUUUCCAGUCCCAACACAAAGAGAUAGACGACAGCAAGGAAGCCUGGGAGAUGCAUGAAUUCUUGACCCCCAGAUUGCAGGAAAUGGGUGAAGAAAGAGAAAUGCUUGUUGAUGAAGAAUAUGAGCUCUAUCAAGAUCACUUUCAGCCCAUGGACAUGUAUCCAUCAUCCCACCUUCAAGAGGCUGUGCCUGUUCCCUCCAUGAAGGACCUUCACUUUGGCACACAGUGGUCACAGGAUAGUGAAUCACCUGAACUUCAAGAAGCAAGGUCCAUGAUGAGUAUAUAUUCCCAGGAGGUGCAGCAGUAUGUGUACAGCACUGAAAGCAUGAUGAAAGAAAAUUUUGGCAUUGAUUCCCUAUCCACUAUACCCUUAACUGAAGGAAAUAGUCAACAAGGCAUGAUGAUUUCAAAUGAUGCCCAAGGUCCUGGUUUGCUUGUUGAACUUCCUACUGUGCUUCAAAGAAGGGAGCAAGAAGAUUUGCCUUUAUAUCAACUCCCUGGGACUCAAGUUGCUUCCAAGGCCUCAGCAUAUACAGGAAUGUUGUCUUCUAGAUAUGCCACUGAUGCUUGUGAGUUACCUGAGAGAGAAGAAGGUGAAGGAGAAGAAACUCCAAACUUCAGCCACUGGGGUCCACCAAGAAUUGUUGAGAUUUUUAGAGAACCCAGUGUGUCUCUUGGUAUUAGUAUUGUUGGUGGGCAAACCGUUAUAAAGCGCCUGAAGAAUGGAGAGGAGCUUAAAGGUAUAUUUAUCAAACAAGUUUUAGAAGAUAGUCCAGCAGGAAAAACAAAUGCUCUUAAAACUGGAGAUAAAAUACUUGAGGUGUCUGGGGUAGACUUGCAAAAUGCCUCUCACAGAGAAGCAGUGGAGGCCAUUACAAAUGCAGGAAACCCUGUCGUGUUUGUUGUUCAGAGCUUGUCAUCCACUCCAAGAGUCAUUCCUAGUGUGCACAACAAGGCCAACAAAAUGACUAACAACCAGGAGGACCAAGACACCCAAGGAAAAAAAGAAAAGAGGCAGGGAACUGCUCCACCUCCAAUGAAGCUGCCACCUCCUUACAAAACUCCAUCCGAUGGUAGUGAUGAAAAUGAGGAAGAAUAUGCAUUUACCAACCAAAAAAUCAGGCAAAGAUAUGCAGACCUGCCUGGAGAAUUGCACAUUAUUGAACUUGAAAAGGAAAAGAAUGGACUUGGCCUCAGCCUCGCUGGUAAUAAAGACAGGUCACGCAUGAGCAUAUUUGUGGUGGGAAUUAACCCAGAAGGACCUGCUGCCACAGAUGGACGGAUGCGUAUCGGAGAUGAACUGUUAGAGAUAAAUAAUCAGAUCCUGUAUGGAAGAAGUCACCAAAAUGCAUCUGCCAUUAUUAAGACAGCUCCGUCAAAAGUCAAGCUGGUUUUCAUCAGAAAUGAAGAUGCAGUCAAUCAGAUGGCUGUUACUCCCUUUCCAUUACCAUCAAGUUCCCCAUCUUCUAUUGAGGAUCACAGUGGCCCUGAACCUGUAAGCAGUGAGGAAGACAGCAGCCUGGAAGUUGGUAUUAAACACUUGCCUGAAAGUGAAAGCCCCUCGCUGGCUAUCAGCCAGAUGAAACAGCAAAAAUACUCGACGAAAGUCUCCUUUGGUUUACAGGAAGUCCCUUUUGCACCAGCUCCGCCUUACCAUUCCACAGAUGCUGACUUCACAGGCUAUGGUGGUCUCCAGGCUCCUCUGUCAGUGGACCCUGCCACGUGUCCCAUUGUUCCAGGCCAGGAAAUGAUCAUAGAAAUAUCCAAGGGACGCUCAGGGCUCGGUCUGAGCAUUGUGGGAGGAAAAGACACACCCUUGGAUGCUAUAGUUAUACAUGAAGUCUAUGAAGAAGGAGCAGCAGCCAGAGAUGGAAGACUUUGGGCUGGAGACCAGAUACUAGAGGUUAAUGGGAUUGACCUGAGGAGCGCUAGCCACGAAGAAGCCAUCACAGCCCUGAGGCAAACCCCCCAGAAGGUGCAACUGGUGGUGUUUAGAGAUGAGGCGCACUACAGGGAUGAGGAAAACUUGGAAAUUUUCCCUGUGGAUCUGCAGAAGAAGGCUGGCCGAGGCCUGGGCCUGAGCAUUGUUGGGAAACGAAAUGGAAACGGAGUGUUUAUUUCUGACAUCGUGAAAGGUGGAGCUGCAGACAUUGAUAGGAGAUUGAUUCAGGGAGAUCAGAUAUUAUCUGUGAAUGGAGAAGACAUGAGAAAUGCCUCACAGGAAACAGUGGCCACUAUCCUCAAGUGUGCACAAGGCCUGGUACAGCUAGAGAUUGGAAGACUCCGUGCUGGUUCCUGGCCUUCCUCAAGAAAGACAUCACACAACAGUCAGGGGAGCCAGCAGAGUGCACACAGCAGCUUCCAUCCUUCCCUCGCUCCUGUCAUCACCAGCCUGCAGAGCCUGGUCCGCACGAAGAGAGCUUCAGACCCUUCCCCAAGUUCAGGCACAGAUGUGGGACCAAGGACCAUUGAGAUAAUUAGGGAGCUCGGUGACGCCCUUGGCAUCAGUAUUGCUGGAGGAAAAGGAAGUCCCUUAGGAGAUAUCCCAAUAUUUAUCGCCAUGAUUCAGGCCAGUGGUGUGGCUGCACGGACUCAGAAGCUCAAAGUUGGGGAUCGGAUUGUCAGCAUUAAUGGGCAGCCUUUGGACGGGCUGUCUCACGCGGAUGUGGUUAAUCUGCUGAAGAACGCCUACGGGCGCAUUAUCCUGCAGGUUGUAGCAGACACCAAUAUAAGCGCCAUAGCAACUCAACUGGAGAACAUGUCCACAGGCUACCACCUUGGUUCGCCCACUGCUGAACACCAUCCUAAAGACACGGAAACACCUCCACCUAAGAUUAUUUCUUUGGAGAAAGGCUCUGAAGGCUUGGGGUUUAGUAUUGUAGGGGGUUAUGGAAGUCCCCAUGGAGACCUGCCCAUUUAUGUCAAGACUAUAUUUGCAAAGGGAGCAGCUGCAGAUGAUGGCCGAUUGAAGCGAGGUGAUCAGAUAUUAGCUGUCAAUGGUGAGACCCUGGAAGGUGUCACUCAUGAGCAAGCUGUGGCCAUUCUAAAAUGCCAGAGAGGGACUGUAAUUUUAACUGUGCUGUCAUGAGCCUUGGGACCUGAUCACAAGGUAGAUGUUGUUGUAGAACAUCCAUAGGAAGGUGAAGUUCUGAGAGGAUGAAAAGCAACUUCAACUAAAAUCCACAUCACUCUUACAUCUCAUCUUCUGCUCAGGAGAGAUGGCCCAGAUUUCAUAUGAAUUUCCCACAUCAACAGUCAUCUCCCUAAUGUUUCCCAGCAUCUUUCUCCUCUUGGUGAGGUUAAUUUCUAAAACCUGAAGGUGUCUUCUCUCCUUUGCAUUCAACAUCCGUGUUUACCAACCAGUAGUAACUGGUUCUGAUUAUAUUUGCUGAAGCUGAAGUUAACAACCUCUCAUUCUUUAUGCCCUUCCCUCCCUAUCCCUACUCAUACAGAAGCUUAACAGCAACCUCAGAUGUCAUCUGAUGAACAGAAAAAACAUUAAGCAACUUGUCAUCUCUCUCAUGAUUUACUUGUGUUAAUUGUCUCAUCAAGUAUGCCAGAAAACAUUAGCAGUGUAAUUAACUCACCAGCGAUCCCCAUGGUGACACACCAGAGUCUCCUGUGGGAGCUCUCUAUGCCCCCCUCUGUGCAACUCGCAGGCGCAUGUGCCUCACAUUCAUCUCUCUGGGUUGGUCUAAGUUAGCCAUUGGUGAUCGUGAUGAGCCGAUCUGCAUACUGGAAUCUAGCGGUUCUGAAAGCCUUUCUAAUUGUUUUCCUAGCUAUAUAAAUUUAUACCAAUGAGCAAAUGCACCUUUUCUCAGGAGGAAAAAUCACCAUCCAUAUUGUGAAUUCUAACAAAGCUUAAUUAUGUUCAAGUCCAGGAAGUCCACCUGGAGUUAAUGGCAUCUCAAUAGGCAGGUGUCAUUCCCUCCCCAAGUCUUCGGAUGAGGAGUUGGAAGACCCGGAACCAUUCUCCAGAGAUCAGCAAGUUUUGCCUCAACCCAGAUAAGGUCUGGGUGGCCUUGGCCUUGUGCAAAGUGGAGUGACAAACCUGAGGAUCUUUCCCCUUGGCUCCAAACUGGGCAGUCUAGCAGCAGUGACUGUAGGAACAUGGGCAGAGCAAUGUGCUUAGCCAGAGUGACCUUGCAGAUUUACUGAGCCCAGGAAUCAGCAAUGGCUCCUUGGCUAAUGUUUCCUGGGCUCCAUGGAGCUUUCCCAUUUGCUGAAGUUGUGCAUGUUAAGAAAACAACUGUGGAAAUACAAGAACAAAGUUGGUUAGGGGCAUUCUUAUUCAGCUAUUAGAAGGAAAAGGAGGAGAUGCUUAUCAGUAAAUGUCCUCAGUUCUUCUGUAAAAAAUGCACCAUGAAGGAUGAGGAGUACUAGAAUCAGUAAUAGAAGUAGUUCAGCAUUAACAUACAAGCUGCAGAAUGGUCCACAGUAAUUAUCAAAAUGUAAUGGUCUCUAAUUUAAGAUGCUAUUUAGUAUAGAUUUUAAUUGAAAAUUAUCUUUGAGUAGAUGUAAUCACAAAGUGCAUUAACUCUUGUUGGAAUAUUUUGUGGCUAUUCCAAAGUAUAGAGUGCCUAAGUUUUGAUGUUGAAAACAUCUUUCAUGACUGGUAUUAAGUUUUCUGAAAUUACACAUGGAUUUUGAAAUUUCUAAUGUAUCCAAGAUAAGCGGUGUUGCUAGCAUGAGAUGUUAAACUGCAUGAGAAACUAUCAGCCUCAGAACAUUCUGUUCAUUGUAUCUGCUAGAACCCCUCAAGAGCCAAGAAGAAAGGAAGCCCAAAUAAAACUUGGAAAUGCCCCUUCUGAAAAACACUUACAUAUGUAUAAUACUUUUGAAAUGUGAUUCUGCUUGAUUUUGAUGGAAUGGCCAUUAAAUAUACACUUUGAAAUAA